UUCAAAACCGCCGACCCGAAGUCAAUCUGACGAUCCCGUUUCUGUUACCUAUACAUACAGAAUACAUACAUAUAUAUAAAUACAUUCAUAUACUCUCCACUCUCCAGGUAUCCAUGCUUUUCCCUUCCGACGAGGAUCGCAUCCACAUAAGCACGGAGACUCCGGCGACAUCCCAAACCGUCGUCUCUGGUGUCUCAAAAGCGAGGGAAAAGCUCCUAACUCGGACCGGACCUGACUUUUAGUCGCCUCGUUCCUCAACUCGGUGGCAUUCACUCCUCUAGGCUAGAUUGGUAGGUAAACGGAGCAGAAGCAUCAAUCUGAGAAUGAAGGCACUUAUUCUUGUUGGAGGAUUUGGCACUCGGUUGAGGCCAUUGACUCUCAGUGUCCCAAAACCACUUGUUGAUUUUGCAAACAAACCCAUGAUUUUGCAUCAGAUUGAGGCUCUUAGGGCUGUUGGAGUGACUGAAGUGGUCCUGGCUAUCAACUACCAGCCAGAGGUGAUGAUGAAUUUCUUGAAAGAAUUUGAAACAAAGCUUGAGAUCAAGAUUAUGUGCUCACAAGAGACUGAGCCACUUGGUACUGCUGGUCCCCUUGCUUUGGCUAGGGAUAAACUGAUAGAUGAUUCUGGUGAGCCAUUUUUUGUGCUAAAUAGUGAUGUUAUCAGUGAAUAUCCUUUCAAAGAGAUGAUUGAAUUUCAUAAAUCCCAUGGAGGAGAGGCUUCUAUAAUGGUAACCAAGGUGGAUGAACCUUCUAAAUAUGGUGUUGUUGUGAUGGAAGAAUCUACUGGGAAAGUAGAGAGGUUUGUGGAGAAGCCAAAGAUAUUUGUGGGCAACAAGAUCAAUGCUGGGAUUUACCUACUUAACCCUUCAGUCCUAGACCGAAUUGAGUUGAAACCAACGUCGAUUGAGAAAGAAGUGUUCCCCAAAAUUGCGGCCGAGAAUAAACUCUAUGCCAUGGUCUUGCCAGGUUUCUGGAUGGACAUAGGACAGCCAAGGGAUUACAUCACUGGCCUGAGACUCUACCUCGAAUCUCUGAGAAAGAAAUCUUCACCUAAACUGGCUUCUGGAGCUCACAUUGUUGGAAAUGUCCUAGUGGACGAGACUGCCAAAAUCGAAGAGGGAUGCUUGAUAGGACCAGACGUUGCUAUAGGUCCAGGCUGCGUGAUUGAGUCAGGGGUUAGGCUCUCUCGCUGCACUGUCAUGCGCGGGGUGCGAAUCAAGAAGCACACGUGCAUUUCAAGCAGCAUUAUCGGUUGGCAUUCCACCGUUGGGAAGUGGGCUCGGGUGGAGAACAUGACCAUUCUCGGAGAGGAUGUUCAUAUCUGCGAUGAGAUUUACAGCAAUGGAGGUGUAAUUCUCCCCCACAAAGAGAUCAAAUCCAGCAUCUUGAACCCAGAGAUCGUAAUGUGAAUUGUCCAUCAUCUUUCAUUUUAUAUAAAACACCCAGGUUCUGUUUUUGGAUUACUUCAUUUUCUCAGUUGUUCUGAAUAUUUCUUGAUGUUGUUCAUUUUUGUUGUAAAAGUGGGUUUAGAAGUAUAGUCCAUGGCUGGAUUGUUGGUUUUGAAAUGUGUAGUCUGUAUGUAUUUAUAGAAAUGAAAUUUCUUGUCAUUUUCGCGUCCC